GACUGCGCAUGUGCGGGGCGCAGCCAGUGGCUAAACCCCCGGCGGCUCCACGGACGGCGAACCGUGGCGGAGAUGGAAGCGAGCCUGUUGCGCCAGUGCCCGCUGCUUCUGCCUCAGAACCGGGCGAAAACCGUGUACGAAGGAUUCAUUUCAGUUCAGGGACGAGAUUUUCACCUUAGAAUAGAGUUGCCUGAAGAUUUACAAAUGAAGAAUGCAAGAUUAUUAUGUAGUUGGCAACUGAAAACAAUACUUAAUGGAUACCAUCAAAUAAUACAACAGAGAAUGCAGCACUCUCCUGAUCUAAUGAGCUUUCUGAUGGAGUUGAAGAUGGUUUUGGAGACUGGGAGUGAUUCAGCUGGAAUUUCUAUGAAAGUAAUGGACACUUUGGAAGUUGCUUUAAAGAAGAAACAGGAGUUGUGUCCACCACCUCCUCCUCCCCAGUUCUACUCAAGCCUUAUUGAAGAGAUAGGAAUUCUUGGUUGGGACAAACUUGUAUUUGUGGAUACUUGUCUCAGUACCAUCAAGUUAAAAGCUGAAGAUGCUUCUGGUAGAAAGCAUUUAAUUACUCUCAAGUUGAAGGCAAAGUACCCUGCAGAAUCACCAGAUUGUUUUGUGGAUUUUCCUGUUCCAUUUUCUGUUUCUUGGACACCACAGAGCUCUUUAAUAAGCAUUUACGGUCAGUUUUUGGCAGCCUUAGAAUCACUGAGAGCAUUCUGGGAUGUUACGGAUGAAAUCGAUGAGAAGACUUGGGUACUGGAGCCAGAAAAACCUACCCGGAGUGCAACAGCACGCAGGAUUGCACUGGGGAAUAAUGCUUCAAUACAUAUAGAGGUUGACCCCAAGCAUCCUACUAUGCUUCCUGAGUGCUGCUUUCUUGGAGCUGACCAUGUGGUAAAACCUCUUGGAAUUAAGCUGAGCAGGAACAUACAUUUGUGGGAUCCAGAAAAUAGUCUGUUACAAAAUUUGAAAGAUGUUUUAGAAAUAGAUUUUCCAGCUCGCACUAACCUGGAAAAAUCUGAUUUUUCUAUGGAUUGUGGCAUUUGUUAUUCAUAUCAACUUGAUGGUGCCAUUCCUGAUCAAGUGUGUGAUAAUCCUCAAUGUGCACAGCCUUUCCAUCAAAUAUGCUUAUAUGAGUGGUUGAGAGGACUGUUGACUAGUAGACAGAGUUUUAACAUCAUAUUUGGUGAAUGCCCAUAUUGCAGUAAGCCAAUUACCUUGAAAAUGUCUGGGAGGAAAUCCUAAAAUAAGAAUGUAACAUUUCUGUGAAGAAUUGGCAGCCUUAAGAAUUAUCAAAAGGAUUUUAUUUGAUAUCUUCAGAGAAAGUAUAAAGUAAGACCUACUAAAAUCAAAAGAAAAAGAACGAUAAAGCCAUAAUAAUACACGUCAGUAACUGUCUCUUCAUUGAGCGUAGAGUCUCUGACCUCCAUUCCGGUUGGAGAAGUAUAUGUAUACCAAGAUGAAGAUCUUGAAUUGUCGAGUAUAUACGGACUGAUAAAAUCUUGAUAUGGUUUGUAAAGUGAAUUUGGGAACUGUAUAGAGCUCGGUUUUUGUGGAGAACUGUUUCUUUCAUUCAGAAUUUGAGACUCACGGUACUUUUGUCUUCUCUUUGUGCUUUCCUAUGGAAAAGUAUAUAUAUUGUGUUAGGUCUGAGUUAUCCUUAUACUGUGUACUCUAAGAGUUCUAAAUAAAACAUGUUACACAAAACGAA